AUGAUUCUAACAAUGAAAGAGGAAACUCAUCAAGCACCAAAAAAGAACAGCUUCCAACUAGAACUUGAGGCAAAAAUGAAAGAAAGGCAUGCACGUGGACUGACCACAGCACUUAGUCCUUCUCCUACAGAUUUUAAUCAAGACAGCAUAGUUAUCAGUGAUGGUGAAGAUGAUAUCCAGACCAGUCUCCAGCAAAAUUAUUUUAAGUCAACACCUGGUUAUAAGAGCAAGUGGAAUUCCUCUCACCUCAAUGAAACCAUGCAAUGGGGUGACUCACAAUUUUGGAAUCCCAGUUUCCUACACAAGGAUGACAAAAUCAGUGAUACCUUGGGCAUCAGAAAUAGAGAAAGGAAGGAAUCUUCCAAAUCUGGUGAAAGUCAAAAAGAGUAUUUAAAAUCCAAUUUAUCUUCUCAAAGUGAUAUGGAAAUUGAUUCUCUGCAAAGUCCCAGAAAUUUUAAAGAAUCAUUUAACAAGCUUAAUAUUAAAGAUUCCUCUAAAAGUGAUUAUAAACCUGAAAGAAAAUCAAAUUCCCUCAGUGACUAUGUUGAUGAUUCACCCCGUUCUACAAGUUUUGUGAUUGACCAGUCUUUACCAUCAGUUGAUGAUGCCUAUAAUGCAACCCUUGCCUCUUCAGAACAAAGAUUUUUGAAGAGCAGUAAAAAAGGGAAAUCUGUUAGCAGGGAGAAAAAUGAAGAGAAAAGCAUUCAAGAUGAAACCAAUUCCCCCAGACCAGUUCCAUCAGUUCGUAAGAAAUCCCUCACUUCACCCCGAUAUCUCCAGUCACAACAAUUCCAGGCAGAUGAAAAUGUUACCAGUGUUAUAAAUAAUGAUUCUGAUCCCCAAAACAAUGGAUUGUCUUCAGCUCAUCUAAGUGUUGAUGGUGGUGUCUUUGAUAAGGAUACCAGUUCUCUUUGUGAAGAAUCACCAACAGAGUCACGACCAACACCAACUCCUAGAAAGCAUAAAAGCCAACAGACACCUGAGAAUGGCAAAGUGAAGACCGAGAGACAGGUUUAUGAGGAAGCAAUCAAGCGGGUGGAGGAUUUCCAGAAAUCACACACACAACUUUUCUCACAAGAAAUUGAUAAAAUCCCUAACAGUUCAAGCAAAAGAAUUUUGAAACCAAAACCAACUUCCAGAAUGAUAGCAAAGAAUCUUGAAAACAAGUCUGCAGAGAUGUUGGAUACAAAACUACUGAGGGAGGAGAUUUUUGAAGAAUGGAAGACCCAAAAGAAUAAACUAAUGAAAGAACAUAAGAAAAAGAAAAUUGAAGAUGAAGAAAAAAAGCAAAAAGAAUUAGAAGAUAAGAAAAAAGAUGCUGCUGCUUCUUUUGAAAGCUGGAAGAAACAGAAAAAACCAAUAUUGAAGCAGAAAUUGACAACAGAAAAGACAAAGAAAGAAAAAGAAAUUGAAAAACUACAAGAAACACUGGAGAAAAAACAACAAGCAGCAAAGCUUUAUGAAAUAUGGAAAAAUAAAAAAGAUGAGCUGUUGAAGAAAGAAUAUUCAGUGAAAAGAGAAGAGGAACAGAAGAAAAACAAAUUAUUAAGCAGCAAGAAAGAAGAGAAACAAAAGCAGAAUGUGUCAUCAUUUAACACUUGGAAACAAACUAAAGACAAGAUUUUGCUGCAGAAAAAGAAGGAAGAGAUGGAAAUAACAAGAUUAAUGAAAAAGCAACAGAAUUAUAUCAAGAUACAGAAAGAAACACUUUCUGAAGAGAGUUAUCAACAAUGGCUAUGGAGAAAGGAAGAACAACUGAAGCAGGAAGUAAAGAAAAAAGAAUUACAUCAUUUGAAAUAUUUUUACGAUUCAGAACCCCAGCAAGUAUGGCGGCCUCCUAGUAGAACAAUCCCAUUCAACUGA